ACAAGCAGGAAUAUCUCAGAAGGACAUCUAAUGUUAUCCCCGGAUUGUGACAUAAAAGAUAAUGACAGUAGACAGGAUUCUCCAGGAGAUAACCCCAUUACCCCAAUUAUACAUCCAGCUCUAUCAGCUGGUCCCUCUGAUCCUGCAAAAUAUUCUCCUGAUCACUCUGAUAUUGGUGUAUCUGGUACAGCUCUGAGAGUAGAUACAGAGUUUCCAUGUGCUAUAGAUGCCAAAUGUUUUACACAGAACACAAAGCCUAUUAACCCACAGACCGGUAAGGCAGGUGAGAGGCAAUUUCUGUGUUCUGAGUGUGGGAAAUGUUUUGCAUACAAUUCAGUUCUUAUUAGACAUCAGAGAAGUCACACAGGUGAGAAGCCAUUUCCAUGUCCUGAGUGUGGGAAAUGUUUUGCACGGAAAUCAGAUCUUAUUAUACAUCACAGAAGUCACACAGAUGAGAAGCCAUUUCCAUGUUCUGAGUGUGGGAAAUGUUUCACACAGAAAUCAGUUCUUGUUAGACAUCAGAGAAGUCACACAGGUGAGAAGCCAUUUCCAUGUUUUGAGUGUGGGAAAUGUUUUGCAUACAAAUUAGUUCUUAUUAGACAUCAGAGAAGUCACACAGGUGAGAAGCCGUAUUCCUGUUCUGAGUGUGGGAAAUGUUUUUCAUCGAAACCAGAUCUUGUUUGUCAUCAGAGAAGUCACACAGGUGAGAAGCCAUAUUCCUGUUCUGAGUGUGGGAAAUGUUUCGCACAGAACUCAGCUCUUGUUACACAUCAGAGAAGUCACACAGGUGAGAAGCCGUAUUCCUGUUCUGAGUGUGGGAAAUGUUUUAUCCAGAAAUCACAUCUUAUUAAACAUGAGAGAAGUCACACAGGCGAGAAGCCAUUUUCUUGCUAUGAGUGUGGGAAAUGUUUUAUCCAGAAAUCACAUCUUAUUAAACAUGAGAGAAGUCACAUAGGUGAGAAGCCAUUUUCUUGCUAUGAGUGUGGGAAAUGUUUUACCUGGAAAUCACAACUUGUUACACAUCAGCGAAGUCACACAGGUGAGAGGCCAUUUCCAUGUUCUGAGUGUGGGAAAUGUUUUGCACACAAAUCAGAUCUUAUUAAACAUGAGAGAAGUCACACAGGUGAGAAGCCAUUUUUUGCUCAGAAUGUGGGAAAUGUUUUACACGGAAAUUAGAUCUUUUUACACAUCAGAGAAGUCAGACGGAAAAAGCCAUUUCCAUGUUCUGAGUGUGUGAAAUGUUUUACAUAGAAAUCACAACUUGUUACACUUCAGCGAAGUCACAAGUGAGAGGCCAUUUCCAUACUCUGAGAAAUAAAUCAGCACA